GCGGGCCUUCGGCCGAGGCAAAGUUGCCUGGCGGCUGCGGAGCCCGUCGGCUGGGUCCGGCUCCGCGCCGCGCGCCUUAAGGUACCGCACGGUGGGGUACCGCACCUUACGGCACCGCACCGCGCCGCGCCCUACGGCAGCGUACCCCAGGACAUCGCACCCUACGGCACCGCAGCGUACGGCGGGGCACCGCUCCCUACGGCACCGCACCCUACGGCACCGCAGCGCCCGCGCCCGGCGGGGCCAUGAUGGCGUGCGCUGAGCUGCUGGCCGUCUGCCUGCUGUCGGCCGACCGUGGCCCCGCCGCGCCCCGCCGCCAGCCGCUCCCCAUCUUCCACGACAUUUUCCGACGAGCUGACAAGAAUGAUGAUGGGAAGCUGUCAUUUGAGGAGUUCAAGAAUUAUUUUGCUGAUGGGAUCCUGAGCUCGGAGGAGCUGUGGGAGUUGUUCAGUGGCAUUGACAGGCGUCAUUCAGAUAACGUGGACACGGAGAAAUUGUGCGAUUAUUUCUCGGCGUACCUCGGAGAAUACAGGAAUGUGCUUUCUGCCCUGGAGGCUCUCAACUCUGCAGUCCUGGCAGCCAUGGAUAAAACCAAGCUGAGGUAUGAGACCUCCUCGAAGAUGGAGCAGUUCCUGACCCGUUUCCUGCUGCGGGAAACCAUGCAUCAGCUGCAGUCCCUGCAGGCCUCGCUCGAGUGUGCUGUUGACACCGUGGAGGAGCAGGCGGGACGGGAGAGAAAGGACAUAAAGAAAUCUGAGACCUCGGUUGGCCUGAGAUCAGGGAGACGAUGUGGGCGCAGAGGACAGAAGAACAUCUGUCUGUCUCCAACAGACCCCUAUUCCGGGAUGCUAACGACAGGUGUUUGUGUCGAAGACAACAGCCAGUGGAUGGCACAGAUCAAUAGGCUCCAGCAGCUCAUCGAGAAGCUGGAGUGCAAGAGCCCGCGCCUGGAGCCGCUGAAGGAGGAAGCGAUGUGCAAAGGAAAAGAUGCACACAUCCUGGUGGCGAAGAGGCAGAUCUCGGUGGCAACAAGUGGCAUCGAGGAGUUUCGCCAGGCGUUCAGGUCCUACACGGAGGUCACUGCUGGGCAGAGCAGCUGCCUGCACGUGUCCGCCUGCAAGCUGACGGACGAGGCUUGCUUCAUCCUUUACGAAUUCUGGCAGGAUGUGACUUCGUGGAGAAGCCACUUGCAGUCCAGCUGCAGCAAGACUUUCCAGCGGUCCAUCAUCAGCUUGCUGGAGUCCCCGGAGCUCCUGACCACCAUGCUCUUCCCAGCCUCCUGGUGGAUCAUGAACAACAACUGACCCUGGGCAGCCGCUUCCAGGUCGCCGACAGCAUGCGGAAGGAUGGGGAGCCCGUGGCACAGCCAUCACCUUCCCUCUUGUUUGUCACCUCCCUGUCCCUCAUCCCCUCCUGUGGUCCGGCGGGAGCUGCCUGGCCACGGUCCCUGGCAGUGUUUUACCCUUUUGCUCUUUUCAUGUUAAUUUAUUUAUUCCCCCCACCAGGACUGUCUCCAUGCUGCCCACGGGGGGGCCGGGCACCCCCAGCAGUGCUUGUGGGAGAUGCGUUUGAGGGUGGCAGCCUUGGCCCUUGGGGAGCACGGGGCUGCUUGCUGCAUCCCAGCAGCCCUCAGCCCUUCUCGCACCCUGGCUCCUCUUCCUCCUCAUACUCCUCUUCAUCCGGGCUCUGAGGACAGGCUGAUGCUCCAAAGGGUGCUGGGCUGGGGAAGAUGGCUCUGCCCAGCUGUGGCAUCCCUGUGCCUGGCCCACCAGAGCCACCCUGGGCCAGCAGUGGCUUUGUGCAGGGAGCUGGCCCGCUUUGUAGGGAUGGUGAAUAGUGUUUUAUAGAAGGAAAAAAAAAAAAAAAAAAAGAUAACGAAGUGUUCUGGCAAGGCCUGCCAGAGCUGACCCCGGCAGCCAUUGCAAUGGCUUUGAGACUGGACUUGCGCUCCCCCGGCUGUGCCCAUGGCUGUGCACGUCCCCCCAAUAAACCACU